UAGGUAUUGGUGGUGGAAAGAUGGAGCCCUCCCCUUUCAACAGGAGACAAUGGGUUUCGCAGUCGCUGAGGAUCACAGCCAAAGAGCUUUCUCUAGUCAACACGAACAAGUCGUCGGCUCUCAUGGAGAGGUUCUCCAAGUACCAGAAAGCGGCUGAAGAAGCCACUGCUGAGAAGAAACGAAAUAGCGCCGACAGCCUCCCGCCCCGCUUCCAACGCGGGGCCCUCAGCGCGCUCAAGAAGAGGUGGGAGAGCCCGGCGCCGGGCGCGCACGCUGCCAAGGCCCAAGUGAGGCCCGCRGUCGGCAGCCCCGGCGCGGCCGCUGGCCCCGCAGCCCCGCCGGGCCCGGAGCAGGCGCCGUGCGCGGGUGCCGAGGGCGAGAAGCCGAGACGCCGCUCGCCGGAGAGGGGGAAGAUGGAAAACUGCCCGCGAGAGGUGGGAAAGGCGGACGGCGGCGACAGCGCGGAGCCCGUGGGCAGGAUCGAGAAGAGCAGCGUUCCCCUGAGCAAGCUGAAGAUGAUGUUCGAGAAGGGCGAAGCGGCCCCCGGCAAGGGCUCUUGGGACCAGAGGAAGACGGCACCAAGCGGCAGGAGGGUCUCUGAAAACAGCUACUCUUCAGAGGACUGCGAGAUUGCCCAAGGAGACAAGAGCCACGGUACCUCAGGGCAUCUAGUAGAGAGCAGUGCAGUGCUCAGCUCGGAGAAGGCAGAGAGCAAGAAAAGCCUGGACAUGCCUCGCCUGACGGAAACGUCCAUAAAGGACAGGCUGGCCAAGUACCAGGCGGCUGUGUCCAGGCAGGGCAGUGCCACCAACCUGCCGAAUGAGAUUCAAGCCAGUGAAAGUGAACUCAAGAAUUACAAAUCUGAGCAGGAGGAGAGUAUGGCAACAAGUCUUGAGGACUCCAUUUCCUGUCAGGAUGGGGAGAAGGCUUCUGGAGGGGAGAACAGCCUGCAUUUCCACUCUUGUCUUUCUGAGGAUGGCAACAUUGGACUCAACUCAGAAAUUGAGACGGAGGUUCAGAAACCUGUGAACACAAAACAGCAAAACUUUGGUUCCAAACCACUUGGCCAGACGGAUGCAUCUCUGCCAAAGGCAAUGAAGAAGUUUCAGUUGCCAGCGAAGGAAAUCUGUGUCGGGUGCCAGAAGACUGUGUACCCAAUGGAGAGGCUGUUUGCCAACCAGCAGGUGUUCCACAUCAGCUGCUUCCGCUGUUCCUAUUGCAACAGUAAACUCAGUCUUGGGACAUAUGCGUCUCUGCGUGGCAACAUUUACUGCAAGCCUCACUUCAACCAGCUCUUCAAAGCUAAAGGUAACUAUGACGAAGGCUUUGGGCACAAACAGCAUAAGGAAUUGUGGGGAAGCAAAACUGAAGGUGAAGAAUCCUUGGAGAAAACUGCCAAUGCUGGAAAUGCAGCAGAAAGUCCUCCAAGUCCUGGGGUAGAGGAUGCCCCAAUUGCAAAAGUGGGAGUUCUGGCAGCAAGCAUGGAAGCCAAAGCUUCGGCUUUGCCUGAGAGAGAAGAGAGACCRGCAGAAACGAAGAAGCUCAGGAUUGCCUGGCCGCCUCCUUCUGAYCAAAGUAUUCAAGGAAGUGCCUUAGAUGAAGGCAUCAAAGUUUUAAAGCCCAAAUGGCCCCCAGAAGAAGAGGUUUCUAAGCCAGAUGUGCAGGAUGAUGUGGACCUGGAUCUCAAAAAGUUACGAAGAUCUUCCUCACUGAAGGAGAGAAGUCGGCCCUUCACAGUAGCGGCCUCAUUUAGAACAAUGUCUGUUAAAGGCCAUAAAACAGAGAAUUUAUCUCCUCCUCCUAAGUCAGAGAGAGACAGCUUGAGAAGAGGCGAGGAAAUGGAGAGAGAGGUCACGACAGGCAAAAAGCAGAAAGAAAAGAAGGUUGAGAAUAGGAACAUGCAGAAUGCUGAAAAGAAAAACAUAGAGGAAGAGCAGGAAUUGUUGGAUAGCAAAGCAGUAGAGCAUAACCCAGUAGAAAAUGGCCAGGUGAGUGUAGAAACAGAUGAGGAAGAACAUGAAGAACAUGCUGUGGAAGAGCAGCAAACACUAAGUGAAGAAUUUCUUGAGCCAAAUUCUCCUAAACAUUCCAGCUUAGCCAACCUUAAGAUUGCUGAUGAAUCUUCUCCUGACCAGAAUCGUAAGUCACAAGAUGUUGGUUUCUGGGAGGGUGAAGAUAUGGAAGAUCUCUCUGUGGAAGAACAGAUCAAAAGGAAUCGUUACUAUGAGGAAGAUGAUGAAGAAUGAAUUGGCCUUUUACUAGAAGACUUGCUGCACGGUGCUGGGCCUUUUAAAUYGGUAUUUUUAGCUUUAAUAAGCAGCUGUCCUCUGUGAAAGUGAUGCUGUACUGCACAUCAGUGUGUAAGGGAAUCAUUCAUAUGUGCACAUUACCUUGAACACAAAAAUACUGUGGAAGCCUGUGAAGAGCAUAUCAAGGUGCAUGGAAAUAAGGGCYUGUUGCUAUAUUCAACGGGUAUUCUCUAUGUACAGCAUGAGAACAGAAUUGUCUUAUCCCUUUUGAGCUUAGUACUUAUUCCACUAACAAYUGACAGAAUUUUACUGUGCUCAUAAAGGUGGUAUGAAACAGGCUCUCUGUAAUAYGCAACUUUUACCACUACAAUGCUACUGCAGUGCUUAGGGACCAAUCUCAAAGGGACUUUCUGGCCUGCUUAAAAAAAUGGUAACUGAAUGCACUUUAAUACAUGCAAAGGGCACAGCUGGGUUAUUUUUCAUAAUGAAAACCMUACUUACGUUUGUGCUUAGAAUCCAACAACUAAAGCAUCUUAAACUGAGCACAAUGUAUCUUCUUUUUAAUCUCAAAACUGCCUAUGAUCAGUGGAAGACUUCCUACUCUUCUCCGUACAACUGGAAUGGUAUGCCCAUUGCUGGAAUAUAUGUAUUUUAGUGCUUGCCCAGGAGCUGUGCUGACAGGACUCUCUGAAGACAAAUCAGUACUUUUGGAGGAGCCUGCAGGGCAUUAUUUCUGAAUUUCAUAUGCAUUUAAGUGUUUUUUCUUUCUUUUUUUAGUAGAUUUCAUCCUUGAUUCAUUUAAAACUGCAGAUAAUUUUUAAGGCCUUUUGACGAUUAUGAAAUCCUAUUUGCACCAAGCUGCCAGAAAUUUUUUCCUUGUGGCUGUGAAAUAGCAAAAUAUUUGGGAUAAAACCAUAUGAAAAGUGAAACUCCGAUCCCUAGUAUGGGAGCUUAGUACAUUUGACUUGUACUACAUUUAUUUUUUGAACAAUGGAAUAUGAACAGUGCAAGGAGGAUGUACUUUUAUACUAGCUCUUAUUUGUACUGUAUUCUUAUGAGAAUUAGCUCUAACUAUAUUUGAGGUGUAAAAUAUUCUGCUUUCUUAACAAUCCUGCUAAGUA